AUGAAAGAUGUUUUAAUUUUACAUAUUGGAGCAGGAUGUCAUUCAGUAUCGAAGAAUAAACGUUAUGCUAAACUAAUUAAAGAUGCCCUAGGUCAAAAGACUUUGUUAGAAACAAUUGAUAUAUUGGAGAAAAGUCCAUUAACUAAUACAGGAUAUGGCUCAAAUUUGAACAUUUUGGGAAUGAUAGAGAUAGAUUCAAGUUUUAUCAAGAGUAAUGGACGGAUGGGUUCAAUAACAGGCUUAAGCAUUGAUUGUCCUACUAAAGAAAUGUUUAGAAUUUUUAAUGAAAUUGACGAAAUUUACUCGAGUGACAAAUUUGGUAAUGAUCUAUUGAAACCUGUUACUUUAAAUGCCACCAGUUUGAAAUCUUUAAUGAAUAUUAAUGACUCAUCCAAUUUAGAUUAUGGCCCAAAUCGAGAGAUCUAUAAUUCAUACAAAAAUUCUCAUGAAUUUAUCAAAAGUAAUAUUCCAACUCAGGACACAAUUGGUGUAAUAUCAAUAAAAGAUAAUGAUACCAUCAUCACAGCUUCAUCAGGUGGAAAUUUUUUAAAACUACCGGGCCGUAUUGGCUGUGCUGGAAUUAUUGGAGCUUCCAUUAGUUUUAAAAAAUUUGUAAAUGAUAGUUUAGAAAUUAGUUGUAUGUGUUCAGGUAAUGGGGAACAAAUAAUUCAACAUAGUCUAGCUGUACAAUUAAUUAGUGCCAUUCAACAAAUGAAUGAGUCUGACUAUGGUGUAAGGUUAAAUCAAUUUAUAUUGAACUUAGAUUCUGAGUUUUAUUGUGGAUUCAUCAUACUCAUUAACAAUCUCGAUAGUAACAGGAUUCAAUUGUUAUAUGGUCAUACCACUGAAUCAUUUCAUUUUGGUUAUAAAGUCAAUGAUGAUACAAGAGCUAUUUUAAGUUUUAAUGAAUCACCUGGAAAGUUUACUUUCGGAGAAUAUAAUUUUUAG